GUUAUUGAUGAUAAAACUUUACUCUUCUUAUUACAAACAAGUGUAUAAACAAAUUGAAUAGUGUUGAUAUUUCAGCAUGGAGGAAAUGUUGAGACUAAUAGACAGGAUAUCAAAGACUGAUGACCAUAAAAAACUGAUCAAUCAACUUUACAAGAAACUGAGUGAAUAUAAAUAUGAUAAAAAUGAAAGUGGAUACCUAUGGCAGUACUUGUUUCCUAAAAUAAUCGACCUCUCCAACAAAGGAAUAGUUCAUAUGGACAUCUUAUAUUUAUCUAUGCUAGCCUUCAAUAAUGAGGAACUGUUGAAGAAACUUAUUGAAUACUACAAGACUGUGCUAGAUGUUGAUAUCAAAAAUCCCACCAAACUCUAUGAUUAUUGUGUUCUGAAAAAGCAACACUGGUUCACCAAUAUAAUUUCCGAUGACAAUUUUGUUAUAUCAGAUAAAGCUAUAUCAAAUGACAUUUCCAUUCUCAGAUUAGUUGAAACUACUAAUUCCACUAGCAUAGAUGUGGGAUUGACAAAAUUUCUUCUGAUGAGAAUUAAUAUAGAGAACUUGGAUUCAUUUUGGAGGGAGUAUGUGGAGCAAAUUUCAUAUUUUAUUGAUUUUGCAGAAUUUGCUAAGUCUAAAUCACCUUCAAUUGAGACAGAUGAUCUACUCAGUGUGAUGAAGAAUAAUACCAGCCUACAAACCUUUUCAGAUUAUUUAGACCUUAAAACUUCUGAUUGGAAGGAAAUUCUACAAUGGAUCCAUAAAGAAGAGAGUCUCAUUGUAACCAGUAAAACACAAUCAAUGAACUUUGUCAUUUUUGGAAUUCUAGGAAAUCUUUUGAACUGCAUCAUGAGAUCUUCCAAUUUGGACAUACAUCAUGCAGUCCAGAAUAUCAAAGCCGAACUACUUGGCAUCCAAAACAUUUCCUCACAAGUGGAAGUUUUAGAAAAUAUUUUUGUUUUAUUGUUCAUUCAUUCAAAUUACUUCCAAAGCAAUUAUAGCAAUCAGCUCAAUAUUGAGCUCAUCUGCCAAAGAAAUGAAAUCAGGCUAAUUCUAUAUUUGUUGAAAGAAUUAGUUGACCAAGUCAAGUUGAAAUAUUUCCAUAUGAAGGACUCUGAAGAUUAUUCUAGAUUGUUGAUCUUGAGCAAUCUUGUUGCUGAUGGUAUGUGGAGAAUGGAACUCAUUGAAAAUGUAAAGAAAGCUGUUAAAUGUGAGAACAAUCUAUUGAAAUAUAUGCUGUCUCCUCCUGAGUCUUUAAUCCAGAUGUGCCUGAAACAAGGUGACUUUGAGAGAGCAUUUCAAGUUAUGAAGAUUUGUCCUCUGAAUAAUUCAUCGUUGAGGUCGGAUAUAGAAUAUGCCGAGAAUAUAAAGGAAUUGAGAGACACACUGAAGAAAGUUUCAAAAAUCAAAGCCAUCCACAGAGUCAACCCUAAAAUAUCGGUAUCCAAUGUGGAAUUAGCAAUAGAUAAGAUUAUCGAACAAUUUUUCAAAAACAAUCCCACUGUCUUCAACCAGGAAGUUGAAGCCUCAGUUAGAGCUUUGUCUGACAAAAAUGACUUUUUUGGACACUUUUUGGGUGAAAAUGAAAUUUUUAUGAAUAUGUUAGAUCUAGCUAUCACCCAAUCUCAAGCUUAUGACGAUUGUGAAAUUAUGAUGCAACUGGCAUUCGAAAAUAACACUUUGAACAGUGGCAUAACGUCGCAUUAUUCAAGUUUCUGUAAAACAAUUCUGGAGCUUUGUAAAGAAAUAGGUAUCAAGAAGAAUAUACCAGCAGGAAAAAUUUUACUGCAGCCCAAUCGCUUUGUAGAUAUAGACAAGUAUAAGAAGGAAGAAGAAUUCUACAAUAAUUUGGCAAUUAUUUACAAUGAACUGAUGACAGAUUUGAACUCGAAUGAAGCAGGAUAUUUCAACAGCAAACAUUCUAGUCACAAAUCAAUGCUUAAAUUGAACAAACUAUGUCUUGAUAACUCUGAAUUUUGUGCUGUCACUGAUAAUAUCAGAUAUUUGUCUAAACUGUAUAACUAUCUCAGAGCCUUCUCAAGGGUCCUUUACAUUGAACGAAAUAGCUCUGAAAUAAUCUCCAAGGGAAAAAACACUUCCUACUUUGAUCUGCUUUACUUCAACCGAUCAGAACUCAUAGGCAAACUAUUAUUCGAAGGAAGUCUGGAUCCCAGCGAGUUCGAAAAAUAUUUUGGAAAAUUGAAGCUAGACUAUCUGUAUCAUGUGGUAGGUAAUUGCUUCCCGACGAUAAACCUGCAUACGGACGAAAACGUUACAAAAGAAGAGCUGUAUCCAGAAAAUAGUCUGUACACACCUACAAAGAGCAUCAUCACGUACAUUCAGAAACGAAACUGGUUACUUGCAUUCGUUUUGAACGAAAUGUACAAAGUUGAAGGUGUGAAAAUCGACAUAAGUGAAGUACGCGUGAAAGUUUUUCUAAAUUAUUUGAAACUACGUGAAAUUGUUCAAUUGAAAGCAAUAUUCAACAACAACAUCAUUAUCACUGCACUGCAGAAUGAGAUAAACGCACAGACAGUUUCGGAUUAUGUCAAUUCACAAGUUCUAAAAGAGGGGACCGUUGGUUCAUACCAUUCUCAAUGUUCCAGCGAUAGCUUCGAGACUGGAGAAGAACUUUUGGAAGAUACGUAUAAAUCCACAAACUGGAAGAACAUAUAUGAGUUCUUGUUGUGCAUACCGGAAUGUCAAAUAAAAAAAAGCGUAGUUCUGGGCAAUUUGAUAGAUAUGGUUUUGGUGAACUUGAUACAAGACGGUUUAGAAGAUGAAUAUUUCAAAUAUGUUUUCUUCUUGAGGAACAGAAACUUGAGGAUCAAUAUUAUCUUGGAUAAUAUCAAGAAAUGGCCCGGACAAGUUUGCAUUGAGAUUAUACAGGCAGAGAUGACAAAAUUUGAAAGACUGCAAGAUGGAAAACUUAUAGAGCUGAAAAUGUGGCUUAUGCAAAUCAAUCUUUGUGAAAAAUUGAAAAAUAUAUUGGAUUUGGAGACAUGGUAUACAGCCUACAAAAUGUGUGAAUAUGAAAAAGACAAUAUUAUAUUAAAAUUAUUGACGAAUAAUGAGAUAAAUGUUUUACUGGAUUUCAUUGAAAUCCAUGCACCAAAUGAAGAACUACUGCGACAAGUCGACGAAGAACACAUCUCGAGAAUGUUCGAAAUAUCAGACUGCUACGAAUCCGUCAAACUCCUGUUGGACGCCCUACCUUUCAAUCACACUGUACACUGUUGCUAUAACUUACUGAAAAUUCUACGUCAAAUCGACCACUUGAAGUUCAUCACUGACUACUUGUUGAGGAACGUGAACGAUGAUUCGCUGAAAAAUGUCGAGGUCAGCCUAAAGAUGCUCUCUUCUUUCACACCGAACGAACAAGAACAGCUACUUUGCCUCAUUCAUGACCCCCUCAAUAUCAUAGAAAUACUCGUUAUGAAUACCAAACUGGAUAAGCUAGCCUCGGUGUUGAAUUUUCUGAAAAGCGAAAUAUCGCACACCGAGUUCAGCGAAGAAAGGCUCUCCGUGGAAAAAAUAGACGAGGUGCUCAGGAAAUACGCCGAGAAGAGCUUAGAUUUUCGCGUGAUAACUCAGCCUAACCCUAGGCUGUUGCGUACUCCUGAGCACAAACUGAUGCAGUCUUUGGACUCGUUGAAUUUCGGUUCGGACAGCAGAAGUUUCGUUAUGCCUGAAGAAGUGCCAUUGAAAGAGGACUGGGUGCCGAAUAAUGAGGUGCUCGAGUGUAUGUGUUGCCAGAAAACGGUGUUUUCGAUGUUCAAUAGACGACAUCACUGUCGGAGAUGCGGUAGAGUAGUCUGUUAUAAUUGUUCUCUCCAAAGGAUGCUGGUUCCCACAUACGGUGACAUUUUAGUUCGUGUAUGCUCUACUUGCUAUCACCAAACCAUGGGAGAAUCUACCAGCUCAGAUCUUAACGACACGAUAUCCACAAAAUCUAUAGCACACGACUAUUGGCUACUCACAGAUGACCCAGAACACAAUAAAAUACUACGAGAAGAAUUUUCCUAUGAGCAUGCACCCAGUGUGUCACUUUGUCUAUCUCUGAUGAAGUAUCAUUCAAAAACAGUCGAUUAUCCAAAGUUUCUUCUGGAUCAGUGCAAUGUGCUAUUGAAAUUAUUACAACCUAGUCAAGAACCUAUUCAAGAAAUUGACUAUCUACUCGUCAUCAAAAUGCUGAAAACACUGGCGAUGGCCGCAAAAAUGUCAUCUAUAGAAUGUACCUUGCACUAUGGAACUUCUCUAGCAGACCGUAUACUAUCUCAGGCCGAAUUGCUGAGUUUGUUGGCCGAAAGGGGGUGUCUCAGUCUGCUACCGAUGUCCAGUUCGUAUUCUCAAGGCCCCUAUAUUGAUGCUUCGAUAUUGAGGAGAUUGAGAGAUAGGCUGUUAGAAAGAGAACAGUGGAACUUGGCAUUAGAAGUGUCUACAAAAGCUGGAUUGGACAAUUCAGGAGUUUUCGCUGUGUGGGGCAAAAGCUGUCUAAAAGCCGGCAGUCUCAUACUAGCAAGGGAGAAAUUCCAAAGAUGCUUGGACAGGACAGGCCACUACGACAAUUUGUCCGACUAUAGCGUCCUCAGUGAUAGCAGCGAAAAUCUGAGCAGAUCCAGAAACAUGUCGAAAGUCUCGAACAUAAGUGCCUUGUCGGAAUCGAAACCUGCGAAAAACCCACCCUUGCUCACGGAAAUAAUCCACAUUCUGGAAUCGAACACCAGACCCAUCGAUCCGGAAGUCAUAAGAGAAACUGCUAAGCAAAAGUUGUCUAGCUCGACGAACACUUUGAACCAAAGUUUCAGUUCGUAUGUUCAAACAGAUUCGGCCGUAUCUAUAAUGAAUAAACUCAAGAACUUGAAGAACAUAUCGGCGGGCAAUUACUACCCAAAGGCGGAGCAGGAACCGGUGAAAUCGAAUGCCACUAAACCGCCUGUUCACAAGAUUUUCUACGAUGAGUGUAUUUACUAUCUGAGCAGAUAUGGCAGCCACACUGGGCUGCUCGAAUUUUACGUGAAACACGGAGAUAUAGACUUGGCGCUGAACUACAUAAUUGAUAAUCAGUUGGGAACGGAGGUUUUCAUCGACAUCUACAUGAGGUGUCUGAAAGAUGGUAUCAUUGGAAUUUUGCAUGAGCAUAUCUCUUUGAUUGAUUCAACUUUAGAGCUGUGGAAGGAAUAUCUCCGUAGCAUAUGUAGACAUUUGGAAAAACAGAAGCUACUACAUUCGCUGUACCAGCUACAACAAUUCAUGGGCGAUUAUAUCAGAGCUGCUAUGACUUGUAUACGAUUUUAUCAAGAAAACGCUGACACCUUCAAGGACCUAGUGAGUAACACGAACUUUUUGUUAACAGCCGAAGAGCAUCUCAAACAAGGUCUGGAACAGGAACAGUGGGUAGAAGUGGCGACAGUUCGAAAAUUGAGUAAUGCUUCUAAGGCUAGUUUUGAAGAAAAAGGUAUAAGUAACCCUUCAUUGGUGAUGAAAAUCAAUUCUAAAGACGUGAAUAAACAUAUGAAUACUAUUUGGAGACAGAAUGAGGUGGUCGAAUUUCUUGCAAAUUGUGAGAGGCAAGAUGUUAAGCCAAUACAAGUUCUAAAAGACAUAUUAAAACCACAAUAUAACCAAGCUGCAAAAUCUCCCGAUGAAAAAUCAAAAAUCCCUACAUUGUUUGGACCGACACAAGAAAAAGUACAACUAGCUGUACUAGUAAUAGUCUGUGGAAAACAGGUAGAAGAAGGAUUUGGAAUUGCCUUGAGAAUAAUCCAAGAUUUAUCUCUGAAACCGAUGAAAGUGUACUGCGAGGCAGGCAAACAGCUGGCGAAAGAAGAGCGAUACGGCGGCAUCGCGCAGCUGGUCAGCUGCAUCAAGCAGAGCGGCACCAGCGACGCCGCCGUCACCGAUAUGUGCGACGAGAUGCUGACGCUGGCAGUGGCCACGCUCACCAAGGCCAACUUCACCGGGACGAAGGUGGAAGAUCUGAUCAAACUGAUAUCUGAUAAAGCCAUCAAGAUAUCAGCCUACAUUGAGGCGAAACAACUCAAGACAGCUUACUUUCUUGCUGUCAAAUACAAAAGAAUAUCCGACAUUCGGAGGAUUAUGAGAGAGGCGGAGUUACUGAAUCAGCCUAGCAUCAAAGCACUCUGUCAAAAAGUUUUGCAAUCUCAUUCGCACACUCCUACACAUUCUAAAGAUUAAUAUGCUGCUGUCUCUAAUUUUGAGAUUCAAUUAAUUUCAUGUCAUUAUUUCAAGUACAAACUAUUAUAAUUAUUAUGAUAUAUUCCUCAGAAUUUGAACUAGGUUACCACAAAAAAGAUCGAGAUGGCUGUAGAAUGACUGAAAAUGAUCUGAUUAUGUGAAGUAUUGCACUAAAUUCAAUCAACAUUCAUCCACACAAGAUGAAAAGAAUGGAAUGUUAUAUGGAAUAUGUCUCACAUAAAAUUUUGAGCAAUGUUAUUAACUAUUGCAAUUGAUAAUAAAGUGAUUCUAAUGAUUUCUAAAGAUAUUACCAAGAUGCAUGAUCUAAUGCUGAUUUCUGUAUUUUUUCACCAAGUAUCUGCUAAAUCUGAAUCCUGAGAAAUUGCAACAUGUUACAAAAUUGUUUCACUGGAAAUUAUUACUAAGCUAUGCAGUUGCGUUCAUGCCAUGUUUCAACAUAUCAGAUGCCUACCUAUAUUAUACUGUUCAAGUUCUGGACCAUGACACAAUUUACUAUAGUUCUAUCUACCUUAUUGGCUUCAACUUAGGCUGUGAUGUCUCUCUUCCUAUUACCUAAGAAAAAUAUAUUUUUGCGUUAUGUAAGUUUAUAUGAUGAAAGUUUUAGAAUAAUUAUGAUGUAAUAAAUAAUUGUUUUAUU